AUGUUUUAUAAUUCAUUGUUACUUCUGAAUUUAUUUUUUUUUCUGAUAGUUUCUAUUUCAUCAUAUGAAGAUGUUAUAUAUUAUGGGAAUCAAAAAAAAAGAUACCUUUCUAGACUUAGGAUUAAUGUAAAAAAAUAUCCUGUCAUUGAGAGAAACAAAACUUGUGUUGAUGUUAUUUUUGAUAAAAAAAUUGCAUGUCCAUAUAGAUAUUUAGAAGAUUUAGGAAGCGAUAAAACUUUAAAUUUUGUAGAAAAAGUUAAUAAAUUAACAGAAAAACAUUUGUAUCAAAGUCCUUUAAGAGAACUUAUGGCAUCUAAAAUAAGAAUGUACAAUUCAUAUUUAAAAAUUGGUUUGUUUACAAAACAUGGAGAAUAUUACUAUUUUUUUGUAAAUCCUGGUAAUCAAACACAUUCGUUAUUAGCAAGAAAAAAAAAAAUUACUGAUCGUUAUGAAGUUUUUUAUAAUAUAGAUGAAGAAUUUCCAGCUGAAGAUAGAUCAUUACAAGGAACAUGCUUCUCUAAAAAUGGUGAUUUAAUUGCUUAUGCAUUUUCUGCUAAUGGAAGUGAUUGGAAUACAAUUAAAUUUAGAACUAAAAAUGGUUCAGCAUUAAGUGAUGAAAUAAAAAAUGUUAAAUUUUCUGAUAUGAGUUUUAUUUUUGAUAAAGAAGGUUUUCUCUAUUCUACUUUUCUCAAUGGUAAAGAUAAACCAGAAGAAGUUAAAUUUAAUAAGGAUGAAAAUCAUGCAUUAUUUUAUCAUAAAAUGGGAACAUUACAGAAAGAUGAUGUCAUGAUAGCUAAAUUUCCUCCUCAUAAAAAAGGAGCAGUUAGAGGAUUUGUAUCAAAUGAUGAAAAAUAUUUAUUUGUAAAAUACACAGAAGGUGCAAGUGAAGAUAAACAUAAAAUUUUUUAUUAUAAAUUAUCAGAAUUAAAUAAUAAUACCAUUAAUAAACAAUUAAAAUUACAAUUAUUAAUAGGAAAUUUUGAUGGAACAUAUAAUAUUAUUGAUACUUAUAAAAGAAGAGUUAUAGUUUUAACAACAAAAAAUGCUCCAAUGGGUCAAAUUUUAAAAAUAAAAUUGUCAAAAUCAAAUUAUGGAAUAAAAGAAGUUAAAGAUUUAAUUAAACAUGAUGAAAAUAAAAAUAUUCAACUUGUAAAGGCAAUUGGAAAAAAAUAUUUACUUAUUUAUUGCAUUGAAAAUGUUACACAUCAUAUAUAUGUUCAUAAUAAAAAAAAUGGCAAAUUAAUUACAAAACUUCAUCAUGUUCAAGGUUUAGUUAAAGAUAUCACUGGUAAUACUGAUAGUAAUGAAUUCUUCAUUUCAAUUGAAAAUCAAGUUACACCAAAUAUAAUUUAUAGAGGAAAUUUAUCUGAGAUAGAUGAAGGAAAAAAAAAUGUAACUAUGACAAUACUCUUUAGACCAUUUGUUGGAGGUUUAAAUCAUGAAGAUUUUGUUAUGGAUACAAAAUUUUAUAAGAGUAAAGAUGGUACAUAUAUACCAAUGUUUUUAUUCCAUAGAAGUGAUUUAAAAUUAGAUGGUAAAAAUCCAGUUAGUCUUUAUUCUUAUGGUGGUUUUGGAAUACCAUUUUUCCCACAAUACUUUCCACCAGUAUUAACAUUUGUUAAUCAUUUUAAUGGAAUAUAUGCUAUUGCUGCUGUUAGAGGAGGUGGAGAAUAUGGAGAAAAAUGGCAUAAAGAAGCUAUACUCCUUAAUAAACACAAAAGUUUUGAAGAUUUAAUUGCUGGUAUUGAAUAUUUAAUUGCUGAAAAUUAUACUAAUCCAUCAAAAAUGUCAAUUCAUGGUUCAGCAAAUGGUGGAAUUAUAGCAACAGUUGUCGCACAACGAAGACCAGAUCUUAUUGCAAGUGUUAUUACACAUGGAGUUUCAUAUGAUAUGUUAAGAUACCAUAAACAUACUUCAGGUGAUGUAUGGAUACAUGAAUACGGAGAUCCGGAAAAAAAAAAAUACUUUAAUUAUUUACUUUCUUAUUCACCACUACAAAAUAUCAGAAUGCCUGUUAAACCUCAUCAAUGGCCAAGUACUUUCAUAACUGCUGGUUUUCAUGAUACAAGAGUUGUUGCAUCUCAUACAUUAAUAUAUGCAGCAAAAUUAUAUCGUAAUCUUCAAAAAUUAUCUGACUACCAAAAAAAUCCAGUUUUGGUUAAAAUAUAUGAAGGACAAGGUAAUGGUGGUGUAACAUUUAGACAACAAUUAGAAGAAAAUAUUGAUAUUAUUCUUUUUGUUGCAAAAACAUUGAAUGCUAAGUGGAGAAUUUCAUAUUAA